GUGUCUGUGUUUAGAUUUCCGGACAUGUGUAAUGUAAUGUAAUAUAAGACAAAAAAUGAGACUCACAAUAAAGCUCUCUUGAUUCAUUUUACAUGGACAGACAAAUCUUAAGGAAGGUAAACUGGAAAUCAUUUAAAAGAAAGCCUGAUUUAUAUUCAUCACAUCCAAAGCUUUAAUCCUUACAUGUGAUCCAGGUUACACAAUAACAAUAAAUCAGUCAGAAGUGGUUGUUGGAUCAAGUAAGAAACGUUUUCCAUUGACGAGGGAACAAUUUUGGUUGAAUUUCCAUGAUGGAUCUUAGCAACAUAUGCGUGCAGUCGGCGCGUGAGAAGUGCAUUUUAUUAUGUACAACAACCUGACAGAUCCAGAGGCAUCCAUAGGGGCGUUCUUUUUGCCAAGAAAUCUGUCUUACACAGAAUCAAGUUAUCUGGAUUGUUACAGUGUUAGUAGCAAUUUUGUGUACAACCCAAGAGUCGAUAGAGAACUGUACUUCAAUGCAGAAGUUGAAGCUGCAAAACAUGUCUUAGAGCGUUGUUCUAAAUUACUGCGUCUAUCGGUGAGCAUGAAUGCUGAAGAAGAUAUUGAUUUCGUUCCGAACGGCAGUGAUAAUGUCAAUGAACUCAUUGUGAACCAAAAAUCAGAUCUUGAUGACGAUGCUUUACUUUUUGCGAAAGAUAUGGAUGAUUUGAAUUCUGUAGGAUCUUCUACGGGAAAAUCAAGUGUCAGCGAUGAUGCUAAUGACGAUGCCUACAGUCCUGAAUCGAAUGACCUUGCAGGGACAUCUCAAGGAUGUGGGGGCUCGUUAGAGGAUGCUGUCGCGGAAGCUAUGCAGGUAAAAAUGCAUUCAGAUAGGCUUAAAAAAUGCUCGCCACCUCCUUUUGUUUUUACGGAUAUGUCAUUUACUCCAUCAUCGGACGACGAUGACGCGGAGGCGGAUGUCGCUGAGAACAAAACGGAAAGCUCAUUGAAAAAAGACAAGUCAUUCGGAUCCCAGAAAUCACUGUAUGAAGAAAAUGAGUUUAACAUUGAUAAAGCGGAGCUUAGAAAAUCUUCGUCACUGAAGGCAAAAAAGACUCCGCCGGGCACGCCCAGUCGUAAGAAGAUGGUCCGCUUUGCUGAUGCUCUGGGUUUGGACCUAGAGGACGUUCGUCACGUGUUAAAUGCCGAAAAUCCACCAAAAAUACCGGCAUCAGCAAUGGCCGAUCUAAAGGUCGGUGUUGAAACUGAGAGAAAGGAUUUUGGAAAGAGAUUUCUACAUGCUUGUUUCCAGCAACCUGGUGCUUCAGAAAACUUUUUACAAAAGGUUCUGGCACAGAAAGUUUGUUUAGAAAACGCAAUCGUCACAGACCUGACGAUAACGGGGGUAGUGAGAGUAGCCAAUAUUGGCUUUCACAAGGUUGUACGGGUAAGAUACACAUACAAUGCCUGGGUAUCAUAUCAUGAUAUCAUGGCAUCUUACGUUCAGAAUUCUUGUGACGGUCCUACAGACAGAUUUUCAUUCAGCAUAUGCGCACCUGCCGAUUUAGGUGUAAGUUCCAAACUUGAAUUUGCUCUCUCCUACACUGUCGGCGAUAUAGUAUACUGGGAUAAUAAUGAAGGAAACAAUUAUGUUUUUGAAUGUUUUGCAAAAACAACACCAACUGAAUCUAGAGAUUCGUGGUUGCAUUUCCUUUAGUAGCAUUUAAUGCUGUUAUUUAGAAAUCAUUGUUAGUUAUCGAGAGGAUUCCUGAUUACUAUUUAAUAAUUUUUUUUUCUGGAUUCGACCUUUUUAAAAAAUGGCAUACCAAACGAGAGUUUCUACACUGAUACAUUUUUCACAUUAUUUGAUGCUAGUGCUGGUAUAUCAAACGGUCAUGUUUGAAAAUCCUUAGACCCCUAUCAUUGUAUGAUUCAGUGAUAGCGUAUUGAUUAACAUAGUAUAAUAUUCAAAGUCAUGCAUAGCCUAAUUAUAGUUUUGGGAAUCCUUUCUACACUCUUGUAUAAUAGAAAGUCUGUAGUGCUGGAUAUUUGAAAUCGUACAUUUUUUUUUCCAUUCCCGGUGUGUUUUAAAAACAUACACAAUAAUUGCAUGGUGCAUUAUUUAUGUGUUGUAGCAUAUACAUAUAUCUAAUAUAUUUAUGUGUAAAGGAAAAUAUUUUUUUUUUCAAAUUUAUUUAUACCGUCACAUGACCUCCAGGUUUCGAUAUAACGCCAUUAAGGGUAACGACAAUAAGUUGAAUCUCCUGUAGUUUAAGGAACGGGCAUUACGCAUUAUCAGGUAGAUAUGACGAAAUAUCAUUGAAGCGUGCCGUUGACCCUGCUAUUGGGAACUGCACUUCCUCAUGAUUGUGCAGUUUGUGCCAGCUGUCAUAUCGAAUGUGCUCUAAGGAGCAUUAUUUCGUCUGUUAAUCGGUUGUCUUGUAGCGGCAGCUUUUCACCCGAAGCUCCAAUAUCAUGGACAUUUUAUGAUUGCAGUGAGAAAUGCAUAUAGUGGUCAAUAUACCUAAGUGGUGGUCGUCGCCUUAGAUAUUUGAGAGGAAAGUCACGUAUACCCGUGUCUUUUAUUGCUGAUUUGGGGAUAACCUGAACCGAAUAGUUUCGUGCAAAUGCAUUUAAAUCCCUUUAUUUGGCAGUCAUUCAUAAAAUCUGGCUUUGAAUUUGAUUUAUAGUGCAAUCUCUCACUCAAAAACAUGCCAAUUUCAGAGGUAAUUCUAUUGUCAAGGUUAACUUUUGUACAACGUAAACAACAUUUUUGUAGACAUCUUUGUCCUGAUACUGGGGCAAACGCCGCAAGUCGUAACCGUUAUAAUAGAUGCAAAAACAGAGAGACAAUCCGAAGAGAGUUUUUUUGGCACCUAAAAUCAAAGCAUAGCAUAAUAGUAUUACGGUGUCAAACUUUUAUGCAAUAAACUAAUAUUUUCCCUUUAUCUGAGUACAUAAUAUGACAAUAAUUGAUAUAGUAUAACUAUAUAAAUCUCUAUGUAUGUGCAGCUGUAAUAUUUUAUGCAAUAAUUUUGUUGUCUUAGUUAUGCUACAAGCUAAUUUUGUUGAGAAGUAUCAUUGUCGUUAUGAAUCCAUCGCUUUUAAAUUUGUUGUAUUGCUUUAAGCUGAAUUAUUUCGAGAAGUAUUAUUGCCUUUAUAAAUUCAUGUAUUUUCCUCUCUUCAAAUCAAACUUGGAUGUAAUAAUACUUUCAGCAUAAUCUGUACAUUGUUUGACUGGAGGAACGGUCGAUGAAGAGUAACACCCCUUGCGGUUUCGGUUUUUCCGGAUAUACAAGGGAUGAUAUCUAAUAUGUUGUUAUAUUUUAAGUCUUUUUAUUUUCUUAAAUUGUGUAUUGAAAGUUAGAUACAUAUAUUCUCUUUUUUUGUUAAUGGUUAAAUAAUUAUUCUAAUCGUUAUCUCACGACGCCAUUAGUAUGGAUUGAGAUAAAGUUGUUCUGUUUUAAUAAUCGUGAUAUUGUACAUGUAUUAUCAUUUGUUGCGUUUGAUCAUGCUGAAAUGCAUUAAAAAUGAUCUCUUUG